AUGGCGGAAGCGGAGCGUAUCCGCUCAGCUCGAGCGCGGAUCGCUGCCAUCACCCGCAACGGCUCCGCCACCCGCUCCGCUAGCAUCUCGCCUCUCGUCAGCGCCCGCCCCAACAGUCUUACCGCUCCCACCGCACGCAGCUUCAGCACCGCCCGUCCCGCCAUGUCUCUCCUUCGUCCUUCGAGCUUCUUCUCUUCGCCGCUGGACGACUUUGACAUGUUCCCGUCGUCGUCGCUGCGCGAUCUGAUGCUCAUGAAUCCGUUUGCAGCCGCAGCUGCCGGCCGACCCAACGUGACGGCGGGCGACUACCGCAUCUGGUCGGGCCCCAAGGUGGAUCUGCACGAGGAGGACACCAAGUUUGUGCUGACCGCCGAGCUUCCGGGCGUCAAGAAGGAGGACGUCAAGAUCAACGUGGAUGCUGACCGACGCAGGCUCACUCUGGAGGGCCAUCUGAAGAGCGAAUACAGCUCGCAGCCUGCCGCUGCCAACGAGGAGGCUGCCAUCGGCAAGGAGCACGCCAACGGUGGCGACAAGGACGCUUCGUCGACCCAGGUGACCAAGAAGGAGCAGACGAACAACGCCGUCGGCCACGCACUCGUCUCGGAGCGCGUCUACGGCUCGUUCAGCCGUUCGUUCACGCUGCCGCUCACCGCCGACCUUGCCAACGACGCGUCGCUCAAGGCGCGCUUCAACGACGGCCUGCUGCGCCUCGAGAUCCCCAAGAAGAAGGAGGAGCACUCGAAGACGCGCCAGAUUGCCAUCGAGACGGCCUGA